AUGGGACUGGGGCAGCGGCUGCACAUGUGUGGCCAGCCUGGUGGUGUUUGGCCCCGUCUGCAGUUCCAACACCACUGGUGCUUGCUGGGCCUCGCGGGUGAUGCGGGGGGCACGGGGAACAGCCCUGUGUCCCCACCUUCUUGGGCUGCAGACAGGCCACGUUGGGCCUGUGGUGACUGGGGGCUCCCAGGAGAACCCCACCGCAGAACCGGAGAGGUGGCCCCAGAGAAGGUGGCGUACGCCUGGGGCCGGGCCUCACCAGCGAGCCACGGGCCACCUGCAGCAACAGGCGUCUCGCCGUCCAGGGGCUGGGUGUUCGGGCGCCUUGGGGAUGAGCUGCUGUCUGCACAGCAGCCGAAGACCUGGCCCGGGGUCCCGCGGGGAGGGCAUGGCCCACGGUCCCCAGCGCUGGCCGUCUCUGGGUUCCAGGAGAACUGCACGAUCCUCGGGGAGCUGGUGAGGCUGCAGGCCCAGAAGUCCUGCCUGCUGGGGUUCAGCACGCGUGCCGACUCCGUGCUGGUGAUGAACAUGGCCAAGACCAGCCAGGUGGUGGCCACUUUCCUAGAUGAGCUGGCCCACAAGCUGAAGCCCCUCGGGGAGCAGGAGCCCGUGAUCCUGGAGCUAAAGAAGGCCGAGUGCCAGAGGCGGGGCCUGCACUCUGACGGGCCCAUCAACGCCUGGGACCUGCGCUACUACAUGAACCAGGGGGAGGAGACGCGCUACCACGAGGACCAGUACCUGCUCAAUGAGUCCUUCCCCGUGCAGGUGGUCACGCGCGGGCUGCUGGGCAUCUCCCAGGAGCUGCUGGGGCUGACCUUCGACCUGGAGGAGGGCGCCAACGUGUGUCACGAAGACGUGAGGCUCUGCACGGUCCGGGACGCGGCCUCGGGCAAGUCAUCCAUCGGCAAGUUCUACCUGGACCUCUACCCUCGGGAAGGGAAGUCCGGGCACGCGGCCUGCUUCGGCCUGCAGCCGGGCUGCCUGCCGCAGGAUGGGAGCCGCCAGAUCGCCAUCGUGGCCAUGGUGGCCAACUUCACCAAGCCCACGCCCGACCCGCCCUCCCUGCUGCAGCACGAUGAGCUGGAGACCUACUUCCACGAGUUCUGGCAAGCGAUGCACCAGCUCCGCUCCCAGGUGGGUGCGGGCGCGGGGCUGCGGGCAGGGGCCGGGGAGGGCCCGGGCGCGCGUGGUCCUCAGGCAGGCCCUCGCCACGGGAUUCUUCCGCUGAUGUCACCCCACACGUGGCGACGCCCUCGGUGUCAGCUUCCGUCAUCAAAGCCCAGGCACUGGUCUCGGUGGGGCACGAGCAGCGCCGUCCCCCAGGGGCUGCGGGACAAGCUCAUAAAGUCCCUGCAGGCCAACCCAGGCCUCUUCAACCUGCGCCAGAUCGUCCUGGCCGAGGUGGACCAGGCCCUGCACACGCAGACGCCCACGGACCCGGCCCAGGAGAAUGCCCACCUCUGCCAGGAGAUCCUCGGGGGCCCAGCCACGCCAGGGACCCACCUGCCUGCGACCUUCGGCCGCCUGGCAGGAAGAUACAACGCCCAGUCCCAUGGCUACCUGUGCAGCGAGGUGUACUCCGCGGACACGUUCCACACACGCUUCAAGCAGGAGGGCGUCCUGAGUGGCAAGGUUGCCAUGGACUACAGAAGCUGCAUUCUGAGGCCAGGCGGCUCCGAGGAUGCCAAGGGCAUGGUGAAACUCUUCCUGGGUUGUGACCCCACGCAGGACGCCUUCCUCCUGAGCAAAGGGCUGCAGGUUGAGGGCUGCAAGCCGCCGGCCUGCUGA